UAUCAGGAUAUCGCAUUACUCUUCCAUAUAAUAUAAAAUAAUUGAUGAAAAAUAUAGUACCAAUGUUGGUACUUUUUCUUAUGAAAGCCCAUCUAUAAAAUAUGUAAACCAAACUACUUUCCCCUCAAAUGGUGAAGCUCAAUUUACUAUCAUUGGUAAAUAUUUAGAUGAAAAAUCAAUUACAAUGGUUUCAGUUAUGAUUCCUGAUAAAACUUUUAAAAUUAUAGAACAUAAUUGCUCUAUAAUUAGUAAAGAAGAAAAUAAAAUGGUCGUUAAUGUUCCACUCAAUGCUUACCCUGGAUAUAUCGUUAUUUUAUCUAAAAAUGAUAAUGAAAUUGUAAAACCAAAUGUUGGCCAUCUUUCAUUUUUACCAAUAGAAAAAAACAUCUCAACAUCAAAUACAACUGGUCAAAUAGUUACAAUUACUGGUGUUUCAUUUCAUACUAAAAAAAUUGAAGGAUCAUCAACUGUAAAUUUACCUAUAAGCAUAUAUGUUGGUAGGGGUGAAAAUAUUGC